CUGAACGCACCAUUAUUUCUUUCAUAUUGCUGCAAACUGCUGCACUUCCAGUACGCUUUGUACCAACGUGUCUGAGCCUUAAUAAUUAAAAUGAGUGAUCCAGGUAAAGAUCUACACCGCAGGCUGCAGCAGCUGCAGAGUCGUUUCACCUGGGAUCUGAAGAAGGAAGACUUGGAGUUGGACGACCUUAGCGAGCAGCUGCAGCAUGAUAUAGACCUGCAACUGGGGCAGCGGGGCGCCCUGGCCCACUCCUACAGGUUCCUGUCUUAUGUGAGGUAUCUUCAGGGUAAACCAGAGGAGGCGCUGUCACUUCUCACUGAAUCAGAGGAGAAGACGAGGGAGUGUUACGGACGGGAGAGCGAGCUGCGGCUCAUUGUGACGUACGGAGACCUGGCUUGGCUGAAAUACCACACCAAAGACUACGUGCAGUCCCAGACUUACUGCCAGAGAGUCGAGGAUAUACUGGUAAAGCAUCCGCCAGAUUCUUCCACUGACCUCCAUCCAGAAGUGUACGGGGAGAAGGGCUGGACCUUUCUUAAGUUCUCCAGUUCUUACUAUACCAAAGCUGAAGAAUAUUUCUGCAAAGCUUUGGAGCUGCAGCCUGAUGACUGGGAGUGGAACACUGGCUAUGCUAUCGUCCUCUAUCGCACAGAACAGGAUUCUCCUGAUGUUAGUGAUUGGCAUCCCGAGGAAUCACCGGCCACUAAACAGCUUCGUCGAGCUCUGGAAAAAAAUCCAGAUGAUGGCGUUUUGAUGUCCCUGCUGGCUCUGAAGCUGGUCCACUACAAGAACAAACACACGGAGGCUAAAGGUUUGGUGAAGAAGGCCCUGGAAGUCGGACAGGACAACACUCAAGUCACCCGCUAUGUAGCAAAAUACCUCCGCAACCAGGAUCAGCUGGAUGAGUCUAUCGAUCUGCUGAAGAGUAUGCUGGAGAAGAAAAGCCAGUCAUCUUUCAUUCACCACCAGCUUGCUCUGUGUUAUGAGAAGAAGAAGAAUAAGCUGCUUGGGAAAAGAGUCCGACCAGAGUCAGAGGUGCAGCAUUGGACACGUCUUUGUAUUCAGCAUCUGGAGGAAUCAGUCAGGCUCAAGAAGGGUUUCAAUGCUGCGAAAGCUCUGCUGGCUCUGCAGUACGCACAGAACUUUGAAAGAAGGAGGUCUGUUUACCUGUCACUUUGUGUUUGUUGCUUCAGAGCUCAGCAGAUGUUUGAUGAUGUGCUGCAGACGUUAGAGGAUGAACCUCCAGGCAUCCGUCAGUACGUCUACUGGUAUUAUGCAGAGUUCUGCUACUAUCACACCACUCAGAAAGACCUCGGACUCACCUAUUACAAAAAGGCUCUGGAGUUCUGCAUCAACACAUCACAUUGGAAGCACUGUGUGAAGAAACUGACGACGAUAGCAGAGGGACGCCUCAAAAAUUAUCCCAGAGACGCCGUGUCCUAUGGCAUCCUGGGAGCAGUGGCCAGAGCUGAGGGCAAUCGGAGCAGGGCCGUGAGAAAUUAUGAGCGCGCUCUGGAAAUAGACGCCAACAACGACGAGUAUCUGUCAGCCCUGUGGGAGCUGCGCCUGGAUCUGACCGCACACAGGGAAGAGAAAGACCGCCCGGAGGAGAAGCUUCCAGAGGCCGCAUGUGAAAAGGUUUGUGCCAGGAAUGCCACCGUGUGAACGAGGUUCCAGAACCACAGCUCAGA